AUGGAAAUAGGGAUUAUGCAGAAAAAAAUGCAAUUUUUCUCCACUGUCGCCGAUUCCCAGUCUGGGAGAAUCGAUUCCGGCUGGGAAAAAAUGACAACAACACAUUAUUUUAGUAAAAUCGCGUUAUCUCGACCUACAAAUGGAGGUCAAGAUUUCUACGAUGCCAGGGCAAUCCCACCAGCAACUUUGGUAGAAAUUACGAUAGCAUCAAAUGGAGGUCAAGAUUUCUACGAUGUAAGCAACGUGGACAGGUUCAACGUGCCCAUUUCGGUGACCCCACAAGGUGGGAGUGGUCAAUGCAAAACCUCAAGCUGCCCUAACAACAUCAACAAUGUGUGCCCUGCGGAGCUCCAAAUGAAAGGUUCUGAUGGAAGCGCGAUUGCAUGCAAGAGUGCUUGUUUGGCUUUCAACCAGCCUCAGUAUUGUUGCACUGGUGAUUUCAACACAGCAGAGAAAUGUCCACCAACAAAAUACUCUGACAUUUUCAAGCAGCAAUGUCCUGAUGCUUAUUGCUACGCAUAUGAUGACAAGACUAGCACCUUUACUUGCUUCUCCAAUCCUGACUAUGCCAUCACAUUCUACCCUUGA